ACAAUUUCACUCUGUCCCACCGUACCAUCUUGGAGUUUAUCUGAACAAAAUCCAUGCUUAUUAGGUUCAACUUAUUGGUGUCGUGAUUAUAGUACAGCAAAAAUGUGUAAUGCUGUGCAAUAUUGCAAUUUCAAUGGUUGGACAACUUAUCCACCAUCAAAUCAAAAUAAAUUCUUUCAAUCUCAAUGUGAAUUAAUGAAAUUAGCUGAAAUAUGCGUAAAUUGCGAGUUGGCGAAAAAAUGUAAUCGUAUAAAUGAUUGUUAUCAAGAACAAGUGAAAAAUUUCUUAAAUUUAUUUAGUAUUUCAACAUUAUCUUUGGAUAAUACAAAUGAUCAAUCCCCAUGUUCUGUAUGCGUUAUGAUGACAACCAAAUGGUUGUUACAAUGGGAUUUAUUUGGUGGACCAAUUAUUAAUCGUAGUAUAUGCAGUGAAUAUAAAACUGUCAAUGAAUUACAACAGUGUUAUAGUGUUGUUGAAAAAGCUGGAACGCUGUUGAUUAAUUCAAGAAAUGAUCGUCAAAAUGUUGAACAAAUAUGUGCUCGUACAAUCAAUUGUGCUCCAGUGAUGAAAAGUGACACCAAUAAUGAACAAUCACCUGCACAAACACAAGGCGAUGAUCAUCAAUCGAUGAAUGCAAAUCCGGAUCAAUUAGGUCAAUUAGAUUUUGAUAAAAUUGCUUGUUUAGCCGGUCCAACUUAUUGGUGUUCAUCAAAAGAGAUAGCUAAAAAAUGCAAUGCAAUCAAUUAUUGUACAGAUUUAUAUACACCGGAAAUUAUUAAUCCCAAUGAUAUGGAUAACAAUAAUAAUAAUAAAAUGGUUGACAACAAUCAUGCCACUACUACUACUACAUCUACACCAUCAAAAACUGUUAAAACAAAAUCAGAACAGUUGUUAGGCAAAAUCCGUGUACAUGGGGACCAGGUUAUUGGUGUCAAUCAGAAGAGACUGCUAAAUUAUGCGGUGAUACAGCUUUGGAACAUUGUCAAACUAAAGUAUGGCUUGUUUAGUAGUACAUCACAGAAAGCAACAACAAAAACUUCUAAAAUUGAUGACAGAUGUACACGUGGUCCAUCAUUUUGGUGUGCAUCAUUUGAAAAUGCAAAAUUAUGCGGUCAACAUGCCGAAUGGCAUUGUAUCAAUGUAGUUUGGUCGAAUAUACAUAAAUCCAACAUGAAACCGUAAUAAUUGAAUCAAGGAGAAUAAGAAAAAAGAUCAGUGGAACUUUUUUUUUAAUGUUUAGAGAACAUUUUUGUAUUCUCAUUUCCCCGAGGUUUAUUCUACUCUCUGCCUCUCUCUGUUUUUUUUUUUGCUUUGUGUGUGUGCUGCAUACGGGCGCUUGCUUGCUCGCGCACUUCCGCCUGCUCGCUCAUUGAAUGUGUUUUCUACUGUUUGACUUUUAGAAGAAAAAAAAAGUAAACCUAAAAAUCAUGGAGUAUUUUUUUUUUCAUUUUGCUCUUAUUCAGAUAAAAAAAUAUGUUGAUUAACACAAACAAUAACUAUUGUUAACUAUUAUUAAUUAAUUAAUUUCAUUUCUAAAUUGUUGUUGUUGUUGUUGUUUUUUUAUACAAAUGUAUUGUUUGAUUAAAUAAAAGCUUAUUGUUCAAUUUAUAC